CACUUUCAAGAAGUACUAGAAUCCUACCUUGGUUUAAAUAACGUCACGAAUGAAGCAAGAAAAUUAACAAUACUUAAAGCACAACUACGUGGACCUGCUAAAAUCUAUUACGAAAAAGAACUAAUCAGAAACAACCCGGAUAUCACUUUUGAUUUGGCUAUUGCA